CGCCGACUGCCUUUAAAAACGAGGUUCGAAGGUCGACCGCCGAUGCGCCACGAGUUCGAGAAGCGACGCCAGCCCGACCGCUGUGGCACGGGCUUCCGCUCGACCGUGUGGCUCAACUGGGACUGCUGCGGCCUCGUCUGCGCCGCCAUCUCGUGGUUCCUCAUCGUCUACGCCGAGUACGUCGUCGUGGGCGUCGUGCUCGUGCCCUGGAUGGGCGCCAGCCUGCUUGGCCUCUUGCACAUCUCUGUCUUCACGCUGCUGUGCUUUAUGGCGCUCGUCUCGCAUGGCAAAGCCAUGAUGACGGACCCGGGCUCCGUGCCCGACGAUGCGAUCCCUGUCGCGCUCAAGUACGCGCCGCGUGAAGAGAUGAAUCGCUUGGAAGAGCAGCGGUACCGGACGUGCCGGCGGUGCAAGAUCUACAAGCCGGCGCGGGCGCACCACUGCAGCAUCUGCGAGCGCUGCGUCGUCAAGAUGGACCACCACUGCCCGUGGGUAAACAACUGCGUCGGGCUCGGGAACCACAAGUUCUUCCUCCUCUUCAUCUUUUACGUCUUUCUCCUCUCGCUGUACGCCAUGGCGCUCGUCGUCGCCCGCUACUCGCACUGCAUGCACGAAACGUGCGCGAGCACGGGCGCCGUUCACGUCAUCUGCCUCUGCCUCGAGGCCGUUCUUUUCGGCCUCUUCACCAUGUGCAUGAUGUGCGACCAGUACAGCGUCAUUACGACGGGCACGACGCAGAUCGACCGGCUCAAAGGCGAGACAAGCGAGAACCUCGGGAUCCGCGAGGUCUUUGGCGGCGUCAACAACAAGAUCGCGCUGCACUGGUUCCUACCCGUCAACAUUUGGUUCCCCGAGUCGAUCAAGGAGCAGUUGCUCGGCUACGCGCUCGAGUCGGCACGGGUGCAGGACGACGUCGACGAGGCGGCUGCGUUCCUCGACCCGUCCGUGCCCGACGGCGCCGAGACGACAACUGAAAAGGUCAUUCUCGAAGGCGGGUGGUCGGUGGAGAAGCAUGUACCCAAGCAAGAGGACAUCCACGUCGUAUAACCCCUAAAUACAGCGAGCGGUGCCCCUUCGACCGUCGGAUGGAGCGGACCACGACGCGCUUUGUAUGGAGCAGGCUGACGUGCGGUCCGUGCGAGGGCGCAUGUGCAACACCGGCAACGUGACAACAGUGACGAGGCCCACAGAAUGAAGACUCCGUACGCCAGAGAGACUGACACUACUGUGCCCACCUCUGUACAUCGAGAUGUGUGUUGAUGCUAGAACCUCGUAAUGAUGCAAAGUAUUGUUGCUCGAAG